AUGUUAUUUCUCUUCAAAUAUUCUGCAGUUCUGCAGAUCAUCAAGCAGAAGCUGAUAGAGAAGAAGAGGAUUAAGGCCUUGUUCAGGUCUCAAAUGCACUUCAUGAUUCAGAAUAUUAAGGAGACAGUUCUGCUCUCUGAGCAUGUCAAUCUGCUUGCUGCUGAGAUGGAACCCGAGACAGUAGAUCAGAAAAUGCGGGAUUUUGAGAUACAGGUUGACCUGGCUGAGAGAAAGCAGUGA